AUGAUCCAAAGAAAUGUCGUAUAUCGAUUCAUCAACAAUUGCAUUCCCCACCAGUCUCUAUUGAGUCUGAGGUUCCCCUCUGUUUACGUGUCCCCCUUGUGCUUUGUCUGUUCCUCAGUUGAAGAUCCCACUGACCACGUCCUUUUUGAAUGCCCACCCAAGGCAGCGGUCUGGCAGGGUAUUAUCGCUGAGUUCCUCUGGCCCACGGUAACCAUUGAUGAUAUCCGCCAUUCCCUCCUCACUUUUGACUUUUACAAUAUUCGAUAUAGUCAGCGGCCUCGUGCUUCCUCCCAUCAUAGAGUCGUCAUUGCGAUGUCUAACAUUUGGAAGGCCCACUAUCGUCUUAUCUUCGAUCAAACUUCCUUCGCUCCCGCCGCUGUGCUGAAUAGUAUCCGACUCGACAUCCAAAAGAUGAUCGACGAAAAUCUCAUUUAUGCCAGCCUAUAA